AUGGUAUCGAGAGACUCGAUAAGCUUCGAAUACGCUCUGACGCGUCCUUUCAACCACCGUUGGCCGUAUGCGACGUGGUUCCUGAUCGUAUUCGGGCUGGGGUCGUUCGUAGGCUUCGCGGUCAUCAACCACAUUCUCUUAGGCUACGACGUCGUCGCAAUCUCCUCCCGCGACUUCAACGUCUCCCAGAACCUGCCCUGGCCUGCAAGCUUCCACGCGCGCGACUACAGCUGCCAGCCCGCGCACUUCCAGCUCGGGAACGCCUUUCGCACCAACCACUCGGCGUUCACGUACUCAAUAUUCAACGUCUACUCGGGCGCGUCCUCGGACACCCAGGGCAGUUUCGUCUACUCGAACAACCUGCUCUCCGACUGCGAUGUGUCGGAGAUCCAGACGAACACGCUCCCCGCCGAGCGUAGCAUCACGAUCACUGGCGCGAUACGUUGUCCAGAGCAAGGGUUCCAAGCCUCAACCUCAUACACGUAUACGAACCACGAUAUCAUUGGAAACUCCGUCCAGACCUCGUUCUCGAACAACUCCAUGACGCGAGCCAUCGCCUCGGCCAUGGCAGAUGCUGGUGGUGACGCGUACCUUGCGAUCUUCAACUCUGCAUACACAUUCAUGCAGGGCAACAAGGUGUACCGCUACACUAGACAGUACGCCACAAACUGCGACGCGUCCGUGUCCGGCGCGAAGACGACCAAUUUUACGGCGUGCGACCAGCACCCCGCGAACCUCACCACGACCUGGGACAACGUGAUCGGACUGACGGAUCUCGAGAUAUAUCCCUCCUCGCUGCUGGACAACUACACCUGGAUCGCGUCCACGCUCGACAACCUCGCGCAGACGUUCUACGCCGGCGUGCGUAUCGACCUCGGGCACUGGACGCCGAACAACAUCUUCACCAACUUCACGUCGUUGAAAGCGUCGUUCGACCCUUUCGACGGCACGAAUCAAUGGGCGGCGGCGGCGAUCAUGCACGGCGAGGCGCUCGGCUACGUAAACUACACCGCGAAUGAUACGCCCUCGCCGGACGUACGCACCCCGCAGGCCGUCAUCCAGACACAAUACACGUGCAACACCCGCCGGCUCAAGUCGAUCGGUAGCCUGAUCAUGAGCGUCGCGUCCGGCACGCUCAGCAUGUUUCUAACGGUCUGGGGCUUGAUGACGACGAUGAUGGCAACGGUGGCGCGGCGUUCGCCAGGAGCGAACAUCUGCAAAGAAUGCGCCAUACGACGAGGGCAGACGAUGGACCUAAAGCGACCCACCUAUCUGCAGAGCCGUCAGCCCAUCUUAUCCCCGACGGCGAAAGAUCCUCUGGACGAGAUGAUAGUCGAGGAGUGGCCGUCACCCGGCAUUUCGAAAGACAGGCGAUACUCGACCGACAACCUGCUCUACAACACCCGAUGA